CUUACCGUUUGCCCACCUUCUGUGCAACUGACGUGUUUUUGUCGUUUAUUUAGGUUUACUCAUCUCAUCGCAUUCCUCUCGCCACAAUUAAGUGCGUAGGGAAGUAAAAGUUAAAUUUCCGUGCAGAUUUCGUACAAUCGGUCAUUUCGGUUCCGAAAUAAGCACCAGUGCACUGUUAAAUUGCAUGGAAUCGCAGUGAACAACGAACGAGAUAUUGUUCAACUGUGUUUGCGAGUGAGAUCUAGCGCACGAGAAGAAAUACAAACAAACAGAAGCAUCAUCAUCAGCAGCAAGAAUAAAAAGAUUGUAGAUAUUGCAACGAGUGACUCAUCAACCUAGUCGAACAUCAGCACCGCGAUAAGCGAGAAAAUUAGCAGCUGACGGUAGAUUGUUCGUGUUGUUUUCGAGGCCAUAACAUUUGGAAAUCGUGUCUGUUUUGCUUGGGUGCAGUGUGAAGAGUAAAAAUGUCGCUAAACACUGCACACGCCAACAACGGCGUACUGAUACAUGCCGCCGAAGGAAUACUAAUCUUUAGCGAUCAUGUGACGAUUGAGUUCUCGGGCCACAACAAUGGUGCGAUGAAGGGUAGCAAGCAGGGUCGCGUCUACCUGACGACGCACCGGGUCAUCUACAACAGCAAGAGCGAAACCGAUGCGCUCCGUUCCUUCAGCAUGCCGUUCGUCUCGAUGCGCGAGGUCGAGGUAGAGCAACCGGUCUUCGGGGCGAACUACAUCAAGGGUAAGGUGCAGGCACAGCAGCACGGCAACUGGGAGGGCGAAGCGAAGUUCAAGAUCGUUUUCAAGCACGGCGGUGCCAUCGAUUUUGGCCAGGCGAUGCUGAGGGCCGCCUCUAUCGCUCAACGAAACGCGGGCAACGCUCCGCCACCACCGUAUACCCCGCCCGGUGGCGAAUGGUAUGCGGCACCACCGCCCGCAUACACCCCGAACCCGUACGGUUACGGUUGGGUACCGGGUGCGACCGUAUUCCCCGAACAGCCGCAACCCAACUCGAUCUACAUGCACGACAGUCCACCGCCGUACCCUGGCGUAGUAAUGGGUGGAAUGCAGGGUCCACCCGGAUACAGUUACCCGCCGGCGCAGCAGCAACAGCAGUUUGCCGGUGGCUAUCCACACCCACCGGCAACGGGCGGUUAUCCGGUGCAGGCCGGGUUUGCUACCGGACCGGGUGCAGGCUAUCCAAAUGGGAACGUCGCACAGGGUGGCUAUCCGCAACCGGGACCGUCGAGCGGUGCGAUGGGCUUUACAGCGCCUCCGCCACCACCGGCAAACUCAAAGGAAGCGGAAGCAGCUCAAAGUGCAUACUACGAUCCGAACAGACCACAAACAGCUUACGUUCCACCUCCGGCAUAUUACGAACCGCCACCAAGCUACAGCUCGCUCAACAAGAAGGAACAGUGAAGCAUGGGAAGGAACGUUUAUUGUUGUGUUUGCCUUCUGCUAUAAAACACCUUCACCGGUGGAGUUAACCAUGGAUCCCAACAACUCCCACAUUUAUAGAUGUUUCCGAUUUUUGGGAGAACGAAAAGAGAGAGAGAGAGAGAGAGGGACAAUGUGUGUGUGGUAAGGGUUGCAUAAAUUGUUUUGUCACUGUUUAGAUUUUAUCGUCGUUUUCUGUUGCUGCCGCAAACAAUCGCCGUUAACACGUCGUCAUAUACGAGGGUCGAUCACUUGUCUGCACCCCCGGCCCCGCAAUUAUUUGCCAUUCAAGCAUUCCUGUGCAACGGGCAUAUGGGCACAGUUUAAUCCUUUUCUCGCGUGCGUCUCGUGUGUGAAUGUCCAAAUUUGCUGUAUGUUUAUAAACCACACAACUUUGUAAAAUUGUAUUCGAAUAAUAAAUAACCUGUAUCUUAUAUGCUAACGCAAA